UAUAUCCCGCAUCAGUGCAGCCGUAUACAGUAAACUGCGCCAUGGAGACGGUAUCAACAGUAAUAGUCAUCGGUCUUGUGUCGUUGUGUGGUGUCAGUGUCGUACAUGCUGACACCAGUUUGACAGCUUUCACUGACCAACCGAAGCUACUAGAGGGAGAGAUCAACGCAUGGAACAAAACAGCUGUUUAUCUUGAGACUAAAAUGAAUCAUACAUUUAGCACGUUGGGGUCAUUACUGAAAGAGAACCUGACUAACACGUUCAUUCCUGCCCUGAUGAAGGGUCUAGUGAAACAAGCGAUUACUGGCAUUCUGAAAGAAGGUUACAUUGAGGAUAUUAUUAGGGAACGUGUCCAGGAUGAAAUCAACAGCCUGAAAGCCAAUGUACACAACUUGAAGACACAACUUCAGGCAGUAACACAACAGUUCAGACAUGUUGAACGAGAAAGAGACACCUUCAAAGAUAGUCUUGCAAAACUACGUGGUGGGCUGAACAAAGACAUCCAUAGUUUACAGCUGCAGCUGAAUGAGACGGUAGCUGGUCUUCGUGAUGCAAAGAUAGUGAACACUGUUCUCAGACAGGAUCUGAUGACACUGAAUACAAGCUGUGUGAAGAUGAGCCAAGUGACUAAACGACUCACCAAUGAAAAACAAUCAUGCAGGGAGGGCUUGCGGGGAAUGCAGCAAAAGUUCAGUACUGACAUUCAGAGUUUAAACAAUCAAUUUAAUCAGACCAUUGACAAUCUGCAUGAUUCAGAGCAAAGAAUCACUGGUCUUACAGUGGACAUGAUGGCACUGAAUACAAGCUGUGUGAUGAGAGAAGGGACUAAAGAGAAUGAUGUUAAUGAAACGUUGCUGUCUACAUCGUCGACGCAAGUGCCAUUCACCGCCUCGUCCCCUUGUACCUAUGUUUCCUCUGCUGUAGGAGCGACUUCAUCACCAGCAGACUGCGAUGAUCUCUUUGAAGCCAGCUAUGCCAGGAACCUGGAGGAGGUGAGGCGGCUCCUGUCUCGGGGCGUCGAGGUCAAUUGUAGGAUAAGGAGCAUGACACCGGUGAUGGGGGCAGCAUUGUUGGGACAUAGAGACGUGGUGGAGCUCCUGGUGAGUAAAAGGGCCUAUGUGUAUCUGGUGGACGGGGACGGUAACAACAUCCUUCACCUCGCCUGUAGAGGAGGAGAUGUAGAGACGGUGAAGUUUCUGCUGUCUCUGAACGUGGUGGACAUCGACGCCAGGAACAAAGACGGUGAGACGGCGGGCCACAUGGCGAAAUCCCCCGUAGCUAUGUGUUUGUGUAGAGGGUUGAGGUGACGUGACAGUGACAUGAGGUGCCGUUUACGUCGUCGUGUGUAAAUAUGUCUUCAUUUAAUUGAAACUGUUUGUUGUUUUUGGAGAUAAAUAAAACUUGUCAAAACGUU